AUCGACGCGUUUUCCAAGAUUACGCUUAAUGAUAUAUCACAUUUUGUUCUAUCGAUUGGCCUGUGAACGGUUCAGCUAUGGGUAUGUGGCUGGGUCCUCAACUGUUUACGGGAGUCAUUGUCACCUCACGUUCCAUCUCGACACGCGAUUAUAAAAGUUAUGACUUUCAAUAGUCUUAUCUGAGCAGCCGCAUAAACGAAAUAAACUGCUUUCUAAGUUUGUGAGGAUAUAGUACUGUAGUGGCCUAAUUGCCGACACCGUCGAUGUCAUGGUAACUUACGACUACGCUAUGAGUAAGAGUUUGAAGGCGAAGCUGCUCGAAGCGAUCAGACAACUUCCAUCACCAACUGAGGACUUGACCAACAGGUCUGAAGUGUUUGAGGAUAUAAUUCAGAAAUGGAUUUCAAGCGCCCGGGACGUACCGGGUCAGACUGGCGAGUUGCUCUAUCUGCUCGAGGACUCUUUAGAUACGGACUUCUCCACAGAUGGCUUGACUGGAGCUGGUUUGAUGUUGUUCCGCCACUUACAAAGUCUUGAGUCUCAAUGUCAUUUCAAUGUCUUCGUUGCACAAGUUGAGAAGCGAGAAAUAAGGACCACUUGCGACGACUAUGCUCGCGGGUUCAAUGAAUGUGAGCAGAGUGAGGAUGAAGAUGACGAAGAAGACCUGAGCGAUAAAGUCCACGAUAUAGAUUGGUCUCUACGAGUGACGCUCUUCGGCAGCAAAGUCCCUCGAACACCACACAACUUGAACAUGAAUCCCGAUUCUAUCCUCCAACACGACGUUUUCAUAGACACCGACCUCGAGGAAGAAGACCUACCUGACGAUUACGAUUACGAUGAACCUUCCCACCCAGAGUGGCGUGGAUUCGCUCGGUACUACAGGUCGUUAGCUCUGCUUAUAGUCCCCCAGGCCACGACAGUCACCUAUUUUACAGAAAACUCAAAAGCCCGGGACGAUUAUACAGCGACUGACCUACUUGAAUACUUUUCAUUGAAAUGUGCCGAGUCCAGAAGCGACGACGGGUUUCUUAAGACAUUGACCAGCAUGUGUGAGAUAUUCUUCCCCUCGAAAGAUGUACAGUCAAAGAGCAGGAUGGAUAUUCCCGAGCCGAUUAUCGUCAAAAUCUUCGAGGUAGCAAUGUCACGCCAGAGUCAACCUUUGUUCAAUCUAGUUUGGAACAAUAACGAAGCCGAACUUUCACCUCAGUUCUUCCUGUGGAUACUGGCAAAGUUGAGGGAAACUCCCAUGCUUACCCUUGACGCAUUGAUCUCGGCUCUCGACCGUUCUGUUUUCGCUCUGAAAACCCUCAGCAAGCAGCAUACGUACCUCAGGGGUUUGAAUGAUGCUGGAAAUAAGCCACCAAAAGAGUUAGAGGCCCAUGUUCUCGAUCUUUUUGAUAAGAUGGUCGGUCUCUGUUAUAAUUAUGUACUGUGCGAGCAAGAUGGAGAGGUUCUUGUCCGGAUUGCUUGCGAUCGUCAGGAUUAUGAAUGGCUUUCCAAAAGCGUUGAUCCCCUCAUUCAAAAAGAACGCGAGAAUAUUGCAUUUAUUCUGGGAUUUUGUUGGGAACUAUAUGCUACAGUUACCCGAAACGAAUUGCGAAUUUCCAAUUCAUUCAACUGGCUGAAAACCAUCGUCAAAUCCCUAAUUGCACGACUCGAUGUCAACCAUCUUAUAAGUGUACAUGGCUUUCACUGUUGGCAACAGAACCAAGCUGCUCCCGUGAAAGAACAUAAAGUUGCAAUCCCACAACCUCCGACGCCAGUCACCAGCCAGACCCUCGUCAAUUUAUAUGUGCUUCUAUUAGGCUUGAAUUUGGAAGAGGAUCUGCGUUAUCUGACGAAGAAACUAAUCGACCAAAGUGGAAGAAUCAAUCCAUUUGAGAUCGCCAACCUUUUCGUUCCCUUCGUCGGUAAUCUUAUGGACGUCCUAGAGAACCGAUCGAUCUCUCUCGAAGACCCUCUGCUAUCAUCACUAGUCCGAACAAUUGUUAUUGCGUUCUGGAACCAAUACGUCAUGCCGGGGGAACCGAUUUGGACAGAGCCGCGCUACAAAAUCUUGGACAGCUGUAGUUGCAGGUUUUGUAGGUCAAUGGAAUCCAACCUCCGCAACCCCAAGAGAGCGAAUUGGGAUGUCAAGGAAAGCGAAAAUAAAUCCAAGAGGCAUAUUGCGGCUGUACUUAAAGAUCUUGCUUGGGAUUCUCACUGCUCCUAUCAUCGAAGCAAUGGGACAAAAUAUUCGACAUGGUACAUAACAAGACUGCCUACGGAAUAUGAGAAGGACAAGUCUAUCUGGGAUAAGAAGGUCGCUGAUGCUAGGGCUCAGCUAGCAAAAUUCAACCAGAGGAAGCUUUGGCAAGUGUUAGGACCUGAUUACUGUUGUAUCACUGGAAAUAAUCCACCCUACUUCGAGGCCCCGCGAACAGACACCGCAAUGGUUGGACAAUCGACGAGCGCGCAAGCACCUCCCUUAGUCUGUGUACCAGAACACACAGAAGCUAUGCCCCAAGUUGCACUGCCGCCGCCAGACAACUUAUAUGGAAGCAUCCCAUCUUCACAUUAUCCCCCGCAGCCUCUUGUCCAUGAUGGUCUCCCUUCCGUAGAAGAAGCUUCGCACAUACCGAUAUAUAACGACGAACCGCCAGACCACCCAGAAAUUUACGGACUACCACAGCAGCCUCCGGUCGUCAAUGCAUGGUCUCCCGGUGUCCCUCCGCCCACAGCUCAUCCGGGCAACCCGGCGCAGGUAUCCAUGCUAGGUCCGGCUCAUCGGCAGAACGGACCAAUUCAGAUGAACCCACAGGUUGCUAUGCCGCAUUCCCAAGGUUUGCCAGGGCGGCCCCCACUUGCGUCUUUCCCUGAGAACCUGGUUUGGAACUCGGGACCGAGGAUUGGCCAAGGGAGGGAGGCGCCUGCGGGCGCUGGGCUGAAACGCAAGCCAGAUGAUGAUGAUGAUAUUUUAUUUCUCGGUGAGCGAUCAGUGAAGAGAUAAUACUAGGACCAUGUGAUGUAGGAUAAGACUGCGCGGCGUUGUUAGUAUUUGGAUACUUACCUAUUUUGGGAUUGUUGAUUGCGAGUUAUAUUCGCAUUCUAAGCGCUCCAGCUGCAUCCAAUAGCGAAUGAAGCUUUACCAACCAAAGUCGGGUACCCAGGUUGGUUCUAUAAAAAGCUAUCAAAUGUGGCUCUCACGAUGUGUGUGCCAUUGGACUGUUCCACACACAGGUACACAGAUGAAUGACCUAUCAGAACGUCGUCAAUUCACCA